ACACGGCGUACAGUACUCGUCUCACCCCACACCCGAGUCGCUCACUGUCAGGCUGCGUGCGAGGAUGUCGUCCAUCUCGUUCCCGAGCAACAACUCGAGCUUCUCGAGCGCGGCGUCGUUUGGGCAUGACGAGCACAGUCGCACACCGUCCUUCGACAACGUCGGGGAUGGGUUUCGCAUGAACCCGCUCUCGGCCCACCCCCCGCGGACGCCCCGCUCGUCGAUCGUCGUGGGCUCGUCCGUGUACGGCACGGAGGUGUACAACAAGCUGGACGAGACCCCGGAGACGAAGACGACGUACGAGGAGGACUCGGAGGAUGAGGACGACAAGACGCGCGCGGAGGCGGAGGGCAGGGUCAGGAAGGAGGAGAUAUGGAGGGACUUGUUCACGACGAGCAAUGGUCGCGACAAAGCUCUUAAAAUCAUGCAGUACUCGCUGCGUUUGUACCUCGUGUUCCAUAGAGGCUUGACAGCAACGACCAUGCUCAAGAGCAGGAAGUCACCAUCCUGGGAGGCGGACAUAUUGAAUCGAUUUGAGUCUACUGCGAGUGGCCUCUCACUCACGAGGCGGUGUCUCAUCCUCUUCAACUGGCUCGUUCCGCUGACAUCAAUUAUGGAGCAGCAUAACAGCGCUGCGGGCAGUGGCGGAUCAUCAUCACGGAAAGGAAAGCGCAAGCCUCUCCUCCAUACACUACUAAACUCGCCACCACCGGUGCUGCUCGAUCUGCUCUGUGGCGCUGCAGACGAUGUCUACACAUUCCACCGGCUGGGCAUGCUCGGUCCAAAGCUGGGAGAGCGUGCUGGUCGCGUAGCUGACUGGUGUUGGUUCGCGGGCACACUGGUCAACCUCGUUGAGAACACCGUGGAGAGGGGCGUGAUUCUCAACUUGCAGCACGAAGUCGAGUCAAGAUUGUACGCGGAGUCCAUGUCAGGGCAGACAGCAAAAUCGAACCCGACGGCGAACAAGAUCGACGACAAGGAGCUGGUGCGGCUGCAGAAGCAGGACUUCUGGAUCCAGGUGACGAGGCUGAAGCUACUGAUGGACCUCAUAUUUGUCUCGUACAACGUCUUCCGCUUGAACCGGGCGAAGCGUCCGAUCCAGACCGCCACUGGCUUCGCUGCGGCCCUCCUGAGCACUGCAAAGCUAUACGAUCGCCACAAAACGACACUGAUAAAGGCGGCGAAGCACUAGCGCAGAUGGAUACAUACCCCCAGCUACCGCUCUUCGUGUUCCUAUCUUAUAUCUGCAUAUUCGCCGGGCCUUAGGGUAUGCUUGAGUUUUAGUGCUGUUGCUAAUAUAUGGAAUACUUUCGGAUACAUAGAUCCCAUUGUGCGCAGUCAUCAGCGGGGAGCAGGGGCAACACUCUGAUUCCAGGGAUGGAGAGUC